AUGCCACACCUCAGCAACACCACAUCUGAGUUCCCAGUCUUCCUCCUAACAGGCUUCCCUGGGCUGGAGGCCUUCCACAUCUGGAUCUCAAUUCCCUUCUUCCUUCUGAGCACAGUUACUCUCUUAGGGAACAGCAUGAUCCUAUUGGUUGUUAUUCUGGAGCCAAACCUCCAUGAACCCAUGUACUGUUUUCUCUUCAUGCUGUCCGCCACUGACCUGGGGCUGACCCUCUCCACAAUGCCCACGACCCUCAGUGUCCUCUGGUUCAGUGCACGUGAAAUCAUCCUCAAUGCAUGUAUCAUCCAGCUCUUUUUCCUCCACAGCUCUGGCUUUAUGGAAUCCUCAGUACUGAUGGCCAUGGCUUUUGACCGCUUUGUUGCCAUUUGCAGACCCCUCAGAUAUGCUACCAUCCUGACAGACUCCAGAAUUCUAAAGAUUGGUGUAGCAAUAGUCCUAAGAACAUUGAUCAGCCUCUGUCCAUCCCUCUUUCUCAUUAAGAGACUGUCAUUUUGCAAAGUCAAUGUCCUUUCCCAUUCUUACUGCUUCCACCCUGAUGCGCUUAAAGUUGCAUGUUCUGAUUCAAGGAUGAACAGCUAUGGAGGCUUAGCUGUUCUCAUUCUGGUCACCGGGGUUGGUACACCAUGUGUUGCACUUUCCUACAUCCUGAUAAUCCACUCUGUACUAAACAUCAUCUCUUCAGAGGGACGGAGGAAGGCCUUCGACACUUGUGGAUCUCACAUUGGGGCAGUUGCAGUCUUCUACAUUUCCUGGGUUGUUCUUUCAGUUGUCCACAGAUUUUUCCACAAGGCUUCACCAAUAUGUCCACCCACUAUUGUCCAACAUCUAUUUCCUUGGCCCCUCUCUGCUGAACCCCAUCAUAUAUAG